GAAUUGAUCAUCAUCUUAAUAACUCAAUUAGCCCUAAUUCAGUGACACCACUCUUUCACUAGCGCAUUGAACAUGGCUUAGCUAAAUUCUAUUUACAGUAACCGAUUUAAUCAAAUGUGGUAAAUACACGACUGUAUAGAUAAACUCUAGCUCACAUCCGCAGCUUGUGGCAUUUCGCAUUUGCAAUACUGUGCAAGAAAUAACAACGUUGAAUAUCAAAAAUAAGAGAUUUCAUUAUAGCACAACAUCAAAUCAAUCUCGACAUCAAACACAAACAUCUAUUGACGCUCAACAUGAGUUCCGAACCACCACCGCCGCCGCCGCCGCCGCCACCACAUCUACAUCCGCAGCCACACAACGUAGACUAUCUCAAGAUCAUCAGAUCCCCAACUGGCAUUUAUCGCUGGCUUGAUGGUAUCGGCGAGUCUGGUGGUCAACCCGUUCCACGAUCCAACAAUGUGCCAAAUGGUGCUCUUUCUGGAGAUCAAUAUGUCAUGGACUACGGGGUGGAUUUAAAAAGCCCUUCAAGCGGGACUCAUGCGCCAGCCUCUCGUAACGAGGGGGAUUCUGCUGAAUCUAGUCAAGAAAGUGUGCAGGCUGAAGAAGCUCUCAAUAGUAAGGUGAUACACUCAUGAUGUAAACAGGAAGCAUGCUGAUUAAUGGAAUAGGAAGUCAUCAACAUGUACUUGGCAUGGCACAGCAAUUCCCAUCUAUCGGCGCCCAAAGACUUCCUCUCAAUCAACAGUCCUACGCCGAUUACAGCUUUGAGAAUCCACCGGUUCCGAACUCGACCGAUAAUGCAAAUCAAGGCAUUCAUGAUAGAAAUAAUCAACAGCCAAACCCCAUGGGACUUCCAUUACAAGGUUUCACCCCCCAAGGGAUGCCUCUCAAUCAACAGUUCUUCGUCAAUCAACCCAGAAACAGCUUCGAGUACCCAGCGACACCGUACUUGACAAAUAAUGCAAACCAAGGCAUGCAAGAUGGAAAUAACCGCAUGGAAUACCCAUCUUACCCUGCCGCACUUCAAUAUGGUAAGAUAAAUACUUCUCCUACACCCUGGGAGCUUUCUAAAAAUGAUAUAACAGGCAACUACUAUCCAGGCAACAUGAUGACUAUGAAUAGCCAUCCUUCCGCAUCACGCUAUCAUAGCACAUAUCCCCUCGGUCAGAUAGCAAAUCAAACGGGUAUGACUACAGGUACGAUAAAUACCAUGAACUAUCCAAGCGGUACAAGUGGUCAAGUAUUGGGGAACAGCCUGUUUUAUCCAGUCAAUGGCCCAAACCAGUUUCCAUUCAAUGAUCCAAACCAGUUUCCUCCAGUCACUGGGUCAAACCUAUUUAAUCCAGUCAAUGGCCCAAGCCAGUUUCUUCCAGUCACUGGGUCAAACCAAUUUUAUCUAGUCAAUGACCCAAGUCAGUUUCCAUUCCAUGGCCCAAGCCAGUUUCUCCCAGUCGACAGGUCAAACCAAAUCGUACCACUUGUUCCCAGACAACAAAACGACGUAUUUCAUAGCAACCACGGCCUUCCUAACCCAACACCUGUAUCCGUCGGCAGGGCUAUUGAUUAUCCCUCUGAAAGCGGUAGCUCCAACGGUGCAUCCGACGAAUUGACGUCAAAUGAAGUUGAAACUCUCGAUGAUAUUAGGAAUGAAACCGCUACACCUCAUGACCAUACUGAUGAUCAGAGAGCUCCAGGACCAGUAGGUGCAGAAUUAGAUGUCUCUAAUGUUCCAGACAAUAUGCCAUCAACCCAGCAUACAGUCAGCAACAAUCAAGGUGGUAUGCCAAGCUCGGUUGACGAUCGAAUGGAUAUACAACAGGAUUGGACACUGUUUGAUGCUGAUCAGCCGUCCAAUGCGAACUAUUCUGGCCCUUUGUUUCCACAAGAUGCUAGACCAAGACGCCCGUUGCCGUUUGGUAGGGUCCCAAUGUAUGCUUCGAAUAUCGAGGCAACGGCAGCAGCCCUCGUCCCUGGAGAAGCCGAUACUCGAUCCGCUUGGGAUUUCCCACCAAACAUACCAAGCACAUUGACAUCCGACAUUCGUCAAUCACAGAUGGAAACUCCCCAAGCUUCUAAUCCUUACAGGACGUCCGCCAGAAUUCAGAGAUCCGAUACUCGAAUGGAACCUUCGCAGUUCACGAACAGAGUCAAUAAAUCGAUUCGUCGUAGAAAGCCAGCGACGACGCAAAGAUUACAGUCUCAAAUCGCCAACAAUGCUUCUAGUGUGUUAGAGCAGUUGGCAUCUCAAACUGUCGAAGCACAAAAAGAUUCAGACAUCGACGCUGAAUUUGAAGAAGAAUAAAACUAGGAAUAAUAUCAUUUCAGUGAAAAAGACACUUCUAGUGAUAUACUAUUGUGGAUUAUUUCGAAAAGAAAACGGGGUUAGGCAAAGUUGGGAUUGUGCAGGAGAAUGUGGUAAUUGGAGGGGAGGAAUGCACAAUGCGAGAAAUUCGCUAUGGCCAAGAAGGUGGCAUUAGAUAUGCUUUUUCUGCGAGCCGCCGCCAGAGUUAGAGCCUAUUGAACGUAGCAGAUAUGGCAGUUGGAGAAAGAAGUAAUAGAGACAAUCACUUUGUCUUUGAGUGUCCAUAGUCUAGUCUAGUUUACGGCCAGAAAAUUAAACGUCUUUUUUCUUGUUUAAUAAGAGCGACCAAAUCAUACA